GCACGAUGGUUGCUCGAAUAUACCACUGAGAACAAGAAAAUAAUUUCUUGCACUCCGAAACUCCUCGUUGAGAUGGGCGCCCCGACAGCUUUGUCUAUCUUGCUCGCAGUUUGGAUUCCAAUAGCAGUGCAAGCCCAGAAUUCCACGUCGUCAAGUUCGAAUAAUGUCGUUAUGAAGAUUGGUUGGCAGGACAGUCCAAACCAGCGUGGAACUCUGACGAUUCUUUGGAGCUGUCUCUCGACCAUCAUCGCUUGUACGUGGACGAUCCUGCACCUCAAUGUUCCCGGAACCAGCGAAACAACCGGGUGGAAAAUCUUACGGAAGGCGAAAUGGAUGCUCGUCACGAUUCUAUUUCCCGAGUUCCUCUUCUCCAAAGCUUUGUGUGAGCUUCAGAUGGCUGUUGAUGACUUGCAUGCCAUGACCGAGAAGAAGAAAUUGCUUGGGAGCAAAUUGCCAUGGCAAGUGGACUUUGGCAGCCACUCACAGAUCUUGUAUAAUUUGUCCCAUUUCUUUUCGAAGGGUCCAGAUGCCAAGCUCAGCGAUUUUAAAGAGAAAAAAGCAGAAACCAAGGAAGGCCAGGUCCAGAAAAGCGAUAAGCAUAAUCGAAAACAGACGGGGGCAGUAUACCCAAGCCCGAACUCCCAUGAUCCCCAGGAUUGGACUCAGAAGGAAAGGACAUGGACCCUUGCUCAUUCUUAUUUCGCAAAUAUGGGCGGGUUCCAGCGAUAUUAUCCGCGAACAAAGACACUUCUCCGCAAACGAGGAAGCUCUUGCGAGGAAGAAACACCGAACCCAAUCACAGCUUACGCACUUGUCAACUGUUGCGUUGGAUCGGACCAUGAUCCACUUCCCGACUUGUAUCUCGAGAAAGACGACAUCGAUGACAAAGCCAAAGCCGACUGGUUCUUGAAGUCUAUUGCCAUCGCGCAGAUAUCAUGGCUCCUUCUCUCGGUGAUAGUCCGAGCAGCAACACACAUGCCUAUCACUCAGCUCGAAAUCUGCACAUCAGCCUUCAGUCUCCUUGCCAUCGCCACCUACAUUGCAAAUUGGUCGAAGCCGAAGGACGUCGGUACCCCUGUUCGAUUCAAGAUCGCCGCAGAUACUUACCAAUGUGAAGCGUGGAAAUAUUACGGGGAGCCGUACCUCCGACGUUUGUAUUGGCCAUCUCAGAGCGGGAAACAUGAUAUAGAUGGUCCUGUAGUCAAGCCUCUGCCGGAAUGCAACCGCAUCGAGAAUGAUUUCGUCAGGCUGGAGGGAUUCAUCCCUCCGAUGAAUAUCACUAUGGCUAUUUCGACGGCGAUAUUUGGUGGCCUUCACUGUCUAGCUUGGAAUUUCGCCUUUCCGACUAAGACUGAGAUGAUGAUCUGGAUGGCUGCUAGUGUGUUGUCUGCUACCAUCCCUCUUGCUACCUUGCUGGCAAACAUCAUUGUAAUCGGGCGGAUCCACAAGACGCUCUCUGAGUUUAGCUUAGAAAUGUCGGAGAAAAUCAGCAGCUUUGAAGCGCCAGAGAAAAGAGUAUCUGCAAAACCAUCUUCCAACCCUCCCCCGUCUCUGUCGAAAUUACAAAGGGGCCACUAUACGCAACUGGCAACAGAUCUAUAUACAUUUUACUACAACCUGACAAACUUCAUCCGCGGGAGAAUUCGGCUUGACUCGGUUUUCUCAUCAUAUGCGCAAUUCGAGAAGUUUCCUAUUCUUUAUAGCUCGGCUCUCAUCCAUGCCUUGCGGCAAAACCUCUUAUCAUUAGGUCUCGAACGGUUCGAGAUCGAUUUCUUACUCUCUUUCAUGAAAUCAAAAGAAUCGAAAAAGUACAUGGAUAAGUAUAUGGAUGAUAAUAGAAAGGCACUCAAGGCCGCUAUUGAGCUCCCCGAUACUGCUGCCAGAGUCGUGACCUCGAUUGGUGGGAUAUUGUAUGCUUCGGCGCGCUUGAUACUUCUGUCUUUGGCGUUUUGUGCUCUGCGAUAUGUUCCUGAAGAUGUUUAUACUACCAGCUGGACGAGAUUUCUACCUAAUAUUUCGUGAACGAAAGCGUUAGAAUAAAAUUC